UUUAUCUUACAGACCCCUAUUUCUUUAUUUUUUACAUCUUCCAUCUGCCCCUAUUAAGCUAUGUUCCUUAUAUGCGCUAAACAGGUAGAGGUUACAGCACCAAUAAGUAGGGUGAUGAAUUGCAAACCCUUCAUACAACUGUACCAGGCGAGAACAUUGUAACAUUACAUUUGCAUCGCUGUGUGUAUGUGUGUGGAGUGUGUGUAUGUGUGUGUUAUUGUGUGUCUGUGGUAGUAGCUGCUUGUCACCGAGCAAACGGUGUAGCAUUUAGUGAUGGUGAAUGCGCUAGUGCCAAGAUUAAAACGGAUUAACACGUGAUGAGGAGCAGCUUGAUAAAUGGGACCUGUGAGCACAGAGACCAAAGAUAAUGCACAAGGCAGGCGCAGAUAUGCUCGGGAACCCUGCAUGCUGAGACUUAGCGAGAGCGCAGGGCAAAAUACACGAGAAAAGAACAGAUAGAAAGGAAAACAACACACUUUAAAACAAAAACAUAUAUAUAUCUUCUCAACAACCACAAUAUCUUUCACUUGAAGAACAGCGGGGACAUUUAUUGGAGCUAGUGGCCAUCACGUCUGGCUUGAGCAUCAGGUGAUCGCAAAGACCCACACAAGAGAUACACGGGACACUCGUGUUUAUACCGUGAUUCCUGUGGACAUCUGUUUCCUCCAGCGAGUGAGCUGCGAAGUGAUCGUUCGUUCGCAGCGAGCGGCGCACCCAGCACAAAGCUCGCCAGCCUACAGCAGAAGGCAGCUUGGAGCCGGGAGGCUGUGCGCGGCUGAGGGGCGCUGUCCUCUCUCUGACUGUUGGGGGCAGCAUUUCAGCACCACCGCUGCGUGGACAGCGACUCAGAGCAGCUCUCACUGUGUGGCGAGUCUACAAGUUCACCCGAGACCCAUCUGAGACCCAUCUGACUGUUAGAAAAACGCCUUUUGCAAAGCACAUCCCGGAGAAGGGACUUCACACGGUGGCAUGUAAAAAAGAGGGGCUUUUCUUUGGUUCCAUCGAAGUUAUCAACUCAAAACUGCCGAGGUAAUGAAGUCAGUUCUGGAUGGCCUUGCGGACACUACCUUUCGAACAAUUACCACCGACCUCCUUUACAUGGGGCCUAAUGAGGUCCAAUAUGAAGACACUAAGGGUGAUAUCUCCUCCUCCAAAUUGGGAUAUUUCCCGCAGAAGCUUCCUUUGUCCUCAUUGAGAGGAGAUCCAUUUCAAGCAAAAAUGACCAUUGUAGAUGAUCCAGUGUUAAGCAUCCCCUUGGAUCAAAUAAAUGCAACUGAGUUUUUCAACAAGUCUAUAACUCCUUUCAAGGGCAGUGAGAACAAUGUACAGUGUGGGGAAAACUUCAUGGACAUGGAAUGCUUUAUGAUUCUUACCCCAAGUCAACAGCUAGUUAUAGCAGCUCUCUCAAUAACUUUGGGUACAUUUACUGUUUUGGAGAACAUGCUAGUACUGUGUGUCAUCUUACACUCCCGUAGUCUAAGAUGCAGGCCAUCCUACCAUUUUAUUGGCAGCUUGGCAGUGGCUGAUCUAUUAGGCAGCGUCAUUUUUGUCUACAGUUUUGUUGAUUUUCAUGUUUUCCAUCGAAAAGACAGCCCAAACGUUUUCCUAUUCAAACUAGGGGGUGUAACGGCUUCUUUUACUGCCUCAGUUGGCAGUCUUUUCUUAACUGCAAUAGACAGGUACAUCUCCAUACACCGACCAUUGUCAUAUAAAAGAAUAGUCACCAGGACAAAAGCUGUCAUUGCCUUUUGCUUGAUGUGGACCAUAGCUAUUGUGAUUGCAGUGCUUCCUCUGCUAGGGUGGAAUUGCAAGAAACUUAACUCUGUAUGCUCUGAUAUUUUCCCCCUCAUUGAUGAACUAUAUCUCAUGUUUUGGAUUGGGGUAACCACUAUUCUGCUGUUAUUCAUAGUUUAUGCAUACAUGUACAUAUUAUGGAAAGCUCACAGUCAUGCUGUCAGAAUGAUACAACGAGGUACUCAAAAGAGCAUCAUAGUUCACACAUCAGAAGAUGGCAAAGUUCACUACACUAGACCGGAUCAGACUCGUAUGGAUAUUAGGUUAGCCAAAACCCUGGUCCUUAUACUAGUGGUAUUAAUAAUCUGUUGGGGUCCUCUUCUUGCAAUUAUGGUCUAUGAUGUCUUUGGAAAGAUGAACAAGACCGUUAAAACAGUGUUUGCCUUCUGUAGCAUGCUUUGCUUGCUUAAUUCAACUGUGAACCCCAUCAUCUAUGCCCUUCGAAGCAAGGACUUGAGAAAUGCUUUCUGUAGCAUGUUCCCUACAUGUCAAGGGACUGCACAACCACUCGAUAACAGCAUGGAGUCUGACUGUCAGAACAAACAUGCAAAUAACAGUAAUGUACACAGAGCAGCAGAAAGCUGCAUUAAAAGCACUGUUAAAAUUGCCAAAGUGACCAUGUCUGUGUCCACAGACACAUCAGCGGAGGCCCUGUAAAUCCAUAAUAUUGGCAGUGACGAAAAUAUUAUCUAUCCCUUUAGCAGUCAGUAAUUCUAAUGAAAGAUACACCUCAGUUGGUUUGUUCACCAUUCAAACUAAAUUAAUAUAAGCAUCUGGGGUUAAUGUAUUUAAGUAUAUAUCCUUUAGUAAAAAAAAAAAACCCUGAUUUUGAAAAAAAAGCACUCAUUUUAUUAUACAAAAAUAUUUUUUAAUUAUAUAGUUUCAUUUAUUUUGCAAAAUGUAUUAAACAAUUAAGAUAGAGAUUUAAAUUUUUUAAGGAUUGUCAGUAGUGUCUCAAAUAUUCUGUGUUGUCUUUAUGGGCCUGGUUCCACAUGUAUUGUAAAUGUUAGAUUUAAAAUGAAAAAAAAGGUUGGUUUGAGUGGAAAACAAAAAUCCGGUACCUCAACAGUUGAAAGAAGCCAAUUUUUCAAACGUAGGAAUUCUGCAUCAUCAAAUGUAAUCAACAAAAACUUAAAGUAAGUUUUUCUGCACAAAAAAAAAAUAUAAGCAAAUUUUGGUGUGCACGAUGUAGUGAUUACAUGGAAUCAGAUAUGACACUGUGUAUAGAACACUAGUAAAAAGACACCAAAGUUAAUAAUAUAGGCCUCUUGCUUGGUGAUGACGUGCCAAACGUUAUAUGGAGAUGAUUUCCCAUAUGUAGGAAAAAAUAGACUCAGCCACGUCUUUCUAAGUUGUUUUAUCAUAAAGGGAUGGAAUUAUUUGCUUCUACAAACAAGCAACAAGAGGACCUACAUGAUAUAUGUGCUAAGAUACUCAGUGUGUAAUGGUACCCUAGUGAUAUUAAUGUACUUUGUUUUAGAAGUAGGUUGCAGUCAGUGAUACAACAAUAUCCUAUGUGUGCUACAUAUAUAGGAUAGCACAUAUAAUCAAUAAAGCCUUAAAUGAG